AUGAUGUUUUGGUUGGGAUUUCUGCCGUUAUUAUCACUUCUAACAUGGCCGUCUCUCGCCGCCGAGGCUCCCGAAAAGCGCCGAACAGCUGGUCAAUUCCAUGAUCUCCUUCUCAACGGCCUCGUCGCCCGUCCUCACAAAUUCGACAAAUGGUUCCCCGAGUUUGGCGGAAGGAUCGACGCCGUAUCCGCUGGAGUCUGCCAAGUCAACUUGCAAGCAUAUCUAGGCAAUCACACCGCCAGAGAGAGCCUGCCUGAUACCGUCAUCGAGUAUUGCUCCAACCAAAAUGAUUGCAUACUGGACAACCUUGUGGAAAGCAUCAAAUCUGAUAUGGGGACCGCCCAGGUCUUGCUCGGUCUCACUCCAGUGAUAUUGUCGAAUUUUGGGCCCAGCAUAGCGGAGAUUUCGGUCAUGUCGACGCAGCGGCCCCUGCUGACGUUGCUGCUAGCGUUCGGAGCUCCAGCCGUUUAUCCAACGAGGCUACUUCGCUACGACAACCCGCUUGAGGUUUUGCGAACAAACUCACCUAAGUCGAAUUUCUUCCCGUUGCAGUUGCAAAAAAGACAUGCUGUUUUAAUUAGUAUUGCAGAGUAUGUCAUUGCUGCUGCUGCAAUCGCCAACGUCUUCCACUGCACUAUCACCCUAGGACUGUGGACGUUGUCAAUCAUUGGAUGCGAGACCUUCGUCUUCCCGUUUCUGUGGGUCAUUCUAGCCUUGGCGGUUCAUAUUCCUGCAGCUGUAGCCUUGAGAUUCUUGAAAGGCUCCAAGCUGAAGAUUUCGAGUCUUGCGGCAGAGUUCAGACGGCCGGACCUGACGUCGAUCGGCAAAAGGCUCAGACACGCCUUCUGGAGGGAAUUUGAACCCUGCGCGAGCGGCCCCAGCCUAGUAGUCGAGGACGACGAGACAAGUAGCUUCGCUAUCAGCCUAAAUUACCUGGCGGGCAUUGUGGCUUAUGCUCAGCUCACCUGGGGCAUUUCGGUAUUCUCAUCGUUGCUGUACAUCUCUGUCAGGGAUGCGAGUUUCGUCGUCGCUAGACUGGUAGCGUCGGCUCUUGUUUGCCAGGUUAUCUUAUCUUUCGAGCUCAGGGGCCUGGGAGAUGCUCUGGCUGGGAGUGAAAGAGAAUCCGCGGAAGCGAAAGCCAAAGGCCUAGGACCACACGAGGACCCCGAUGACUCGCGUUUUAGAGAACCGAAUGAUGCCGAAAAGAACAGAUCAGGCUUGCCUCUUCUGCACUCUUCAGUUACUAGAGACGUGGAAGACUUUGGUUCCGAUGUCCGUUCUGGGUUGGGAUCUGUGAGCGGGAAUGCGUCGGGCAUCUGA